CGGGAAGAUCGUACUCACCACCAGGUAUAAAUCUACUGCUUUCCUUCAACGGCCGGAUGAUGAUCAGACCCUUUCACCCUCUAUCCCUGCACCGAAGGAAGGCAGCAAACGUGUGAGACCGUACCCGUGCAAGGACCAAGUUACUUCAUCUGCUACUCGAGCAUCUCCACUUGAUCCAGUCACGAUAGUUCGCUUUUUCUUAAGCAUACAAUAUCCAUCUCGGACAAUUUCAUUGACAACGUGAGGGUUACGGCUCCGUGCCAUUUGUGGACCUCGCAGUUUUUUGCGGAACUGUUCAAAAGGCAAUUCGUAUUGCGCUCAAGCCCCGAUUCAAUCAGCUAGUGGUUCUCGGUUUCUGUUCAGUUGUUGACUCGGCCUGGCUUCAGGUGUCUGCAUUGAAGGAAGAAGGUAUCCAUUUCAGGGCACACUUUCAUUUCUAUCAUGGAAGAACUCCCGCCUCCCUUGUCUUCAACGUGGCCUGUGCCUUUGGAGAAUAUUGAGCAAAAUCAACGUUGGGCAGAGGAUGCCGACCGCAGUCAGGCCCUAAUAAGUGACUUGAGUCAGCGGCAGCUGCGCUCGUUCACUGCUUCGGAAUUACAGGCGGCCGCCGUUACCCCUCCUGCCAAUGGCGCCUCGUUCCUGGCGGCUCCGGUUCCUUUUCCUCUUGCCACAGAUACAGGAGUCACCCACGUCACUGCCGCCCCUGCCCCUCUUCACAAUAACCCUCCAGAAUUCGUCCCAACUACGCCACGAAUUGACUCUUCGAGCCUUCUCGCCAUGCCCCAUCACGUUGACCCAUUGCAGAUUGUCUUGAGUGAGGACAACCUGAUUUGUCGAGGGGUUGGUUCCAGUAUGGACGAUGCGCUCCUUUCUGGCAACUUGGUACUCAACUUGGCCGAGUCGACAAGCAUCAAGGAGAUCAACAUGCAGUUUAUUGGCAAAGUGACGCUACCAGUUGGCGAGGCGCUGCCUUCUGUUGCUCAGCCCACAUCCCAUACGAUAUAUACGCAUAGCUGGACCUUCAUGGAGCACAAGCAUACGAUCAGGGAAGGAAGACAGGUAUUUCCCUUUCAGCACUUGGUACCUGCUUCUCUGCCGGCAAGCAUGAGUAUUCCUCGUGCCGGUGUCGACGUUUCCUACGCACUGCGUGCAACUGCGGUUCGAUCGUCGUCGUUCCAUUCUAAUUGGACGGCUGUGCGACCCGUUUACCUUAUGCGGAUGUUUGAUCCUGAAGCUAUCGAGUUCGGCCAGGUCAUGGAAGUGGAGAAUACAUGGCCUGGGAAGAUCACAUAUUCCCUCCUCAUACCACACAAAGCGUUCGCCGUAGGAGAUACGAUCCCUACGCUUGUAAAGUUCCAGCCUAUCUCAAAGGGCGUUUCCGUGAAGUCCAUCGAUAUUGAGCUGAAGGAGCGUGUGUCUGCGAGAUGGAAGAAUCGCCAGUCCAGUACUUUGACAAUUAUGUCACACGCGAAGUACGAGGUAAGGGAUGGCAAAGCAGUUAAAGUCCAACAGGGAGGGCAUGUUCGUUUCGCGUCGAUUGUUUCUUGUCGUACCCAGCCACCAUAUCAAUCGCUAAUGCCCAUGGGAUCGACGAGCGCAGAUCACUCUAGCGAGAGUUCUUCCAGCGGGUCGAGACACCUUCGCUCUCGAAGUUCAUCCUUCAGAGGCUUACUGGGAUUCCGCUCGCAUUCAUCGGGGCAUGUUUCUGCGCUUAGCUCUAUCAUUCAAGGAGCCUCUCCUAUGGUUUCUGCUUCCGCUAACCGGAGGAGAGGCGGUACGGACCGGACGUUCAGCCUGAACACAAUGUUUGGCGGAGAAAUCGGGAGUACUGAGAAUGAAGAUUCGCCAUCACCCUCUGGUGAAAUCCCUAGUGGAUCCCCUCGUAUUGGGGAACAUGCUUCCUCCCAGCCACUUCCGUCUCCCGAGACCCAGCAUAUCUCAUCGCCUGCCGAAUCUCCUCCCUUGGCUUCCCCGCUGGAUGAAGUGCCAGUUUCAUGCGUCGGCGAGUCAGAUCUUGAGACGACACUAUUUCUCCACCUGACGUCGGGUGUAUCCCCUUCGCAAUCCUCCCCAUUUUCCCAUGCUGCUAACCCGACAAACAUUCUUAAUCCUAUUGCCAUAUCCCACAAGAUCAUCUUCAGCGUACUCAUUUCCAACCUGGAUGGACAUACAUCUGAGUUGAAGUGUUCACUCCCCUUACAUAUACUCGAUGCUCGGUUGUUGAGAGGGGCGAGAGCCGCGACUCGUACGACGCGGAAUUUACUCCUUGGAAAUGGCGAAGGUGCUGAAGAAGGGUUGGUAGGCGAGGACGAAGGGGAAGAGGUGGUCGAGCUGCCGAGUUACAACGAACAUAUCCUUGACCGCGUGGCGAACGCUUCGCUGGAAGCUGGGAUUGGGGGAAAUGGGAGGCGGCGAGCUAGAAAUGUAGCAACAAAUCCGUUGAGGUCAGCACCUUCUCCUGUUGGUGCGCCUGCUUCGAACUUCGUGUCAUCGACUGGAGGCUUCUUUGGGCCACACCCCUCCUCGUCGUAUGAUAAUUCCAGUCGUGCGUCUCCGUCAGCAUCUGUACCGAGAUCGCCUGCGCGGUCAAGGAAGUCCUCAUUUGAGGAAGCGCAAGGAUUACACCAGGAUCGUGAUCCUCUCGAAUUUGAUCAGGAACUGAUGCUCUCGCUUGGGGAGGCAGCUAAUUCAGUGAGGUAUGGUGAUAGGAGUGGCGUUGGAUGGGGGAGCAAUUAUGCCAGCCCUUCGACUAGUCGAAUGGGCAGCCGGGCAAAUAGUCGUGCGGGUAGUCCGGAGCCCCCCGACGAACAUCAUGUCCACCCGUCACACGGUCGACAUCAUCCCCACUCGACGGCAUCCACUGCCUCGAGCUCGACCACUGCAAGGGGUUUGUUCCACCUCAAGCCCUUCUCCAGCCUAACUAGGUUAGGCGGCCAGAAAAAGGGCAAAGAAAGGGAUAGGGAUCGGCAGUCUUGUUCUUCCCCACCUUCCCCCACGCGCUCUUCAGCUCUAAGCCCCUCUGGCAAUGCCGCUGAUGAUGAAUGUGGGCCUCACUAUCACUCACACAUCAAUCUUUUGAGUCGUGUUCCGUCAUAUGGUAUCUCAUCACGUGGCUUUUUGGGUGGUGGACCCCCACCUCUGACGUUUUACCGCGAUUUACCGAGUUAUGAUCAGUCGGAGAGUGCAAGCUCUAGCGCUCAUCCGGUAUCAUCGUUUUCACCUGGUACUCGUAGUACUGUGCUGGACCGCAGUCGGAGUGAGGCGUGUAUCGAUGCUUUGCGAGCCACUGGCACUCCUGUAGCUGGGACCCAGCCGCAGACUCCUCGAACUCCAUGAUUCGCCUCUUAUAAUUUUUCUCGGCCUCGUUUUGUUAGUAACAGACUUUGAUCCCCAACUUAUAUUUGCUCCUGCCCCGCUUUCAUCUGUGCAGGCAGUUCCAACCGAUUCUGAUCCCACCGACAUUAAUAAAGUGCACAUAACAUUAUCACAUUAUACGCUGUAAUAAUCGAGUGUAAAAUCUCUGUUGCUG